AUGACUCUACCAAUGGCUUCGAAUACGAGAGUAUGCAUUUUCGUCAUCGCCGAGGGCCAGGAACAUCCUAUCAAGCUGUGCAAUGCCCUUCACGAUAGCACCCUGCCCAAGAGCAUCAUCUCAAAGAGCAAAGCUGUCGCCACUCGCGGCGCCAUUCGCUCGAGUGCACCAACCACGUUCACCGACCACACCGGAACGAGUCAUAUCUCUACUUCUAUCAUUUCCCUGCGAUGGUACUACGACGAUGGCACCCAAACCUUCCCGGAGACGUUCUACGUCGUCGAUAAGAUUUCGGCCAAUGAUACUACGGACAGCAACAGCAACAGCAACCGAGCAGAAGCGAGAGAUCACCACCACUGGGACGCAAUCCUCCGUGGCACCGCCGAACCGCCCUCCGCUGCCCAAAGCCCUCAAGUCAAUCCGAUAUGCGCUGCGCCGCCUGGGAUAGAUUCCCGCCGGGAGCGCGAGAGAAAAGAGCGGGCCGAGACGAACCAGCAGAAGUUCGAGAGGGAGAAGGAAUUGCAGGCCAAGAAGAUUCGGGAUGCGUUUGCUUUGAAGCAAGCUGGCCCGGGAAAGAGAGGAUGA